AUGACUUCGGGUAGUUCCAUGACUUUGUCUCGGUCACUUUCCUUGACUUCCUCGGCUGGUCCUAGAGAGAUGAUGGGGUCUCUUGCAGGAGCAGGAGGAGUUAUGCUGAAUUCUGCUGCCAGUUUGAGAGCCUCUGCGAGGGCUAAUAGUGCUGCUAUGUCCGUGCUGGUUAAUACCAUGACUACAAACGAAGAGAUUGUUGGCGAAGCACCAGACAUGAGAACAACGUCUGAUAGCAUUAGCUCAGCAGCACCAGGACAAGAUUCGAAUUCUACGUCAGCACACCAAGGUGGUGAUGGUGCCGAAGGCACCAGACGUAACUCUGCAACUAUGGAUCGUUGUUUGGAUGAACUUACCAGUACACUAACAGAAGCCGAUGCAAGACUUUUGGUUGAUUUGCUAAAAUUGGCAGCUUUGGACAGGGUGCAGGCUGACGGGGCUAAGGAAACUAUUGCUAAUGUGUUAAUAGCCCUCGGAACAUCUAAUCCUUCCAUUGCUGAUAUGUUGAUCGAAACCUGCAUCACUGAACUAGAAGACACUGCUACUAAUUACCAAAACUUCCACAGAAGUCCUGCUCCAGUUGUUCAAGAAACAAGUCAUCCUUAUAUUGAUGACAUAACACUUACAGGUCAUGUGAAGAUGCCAGGAGCAGUUGCCAUACGAUUAGAGUUUGAUAGAAGGUGCUCAACUGAGAAACGAAAUGAUCCAUUAACAAUACUCGAUUGUAGGGGAAGAGUUGUGGCGACACGAAGUGGAAGGGACUGGGCUUAUUGGUCCAGGGAGAUCAGAGUACCAGGUGACGAAUUGAGUUGGAAGUUUAUCAGUGAUAGUUCGGUGAACGGAUGGGGCUGGAAGUUUACUGCUUAUGCCAUCAUGCCUGGGAUAUCACAAGAGUUUAGUUCAGACAGAUCUGUAUUGUCCAGACCUUCCAUGGAGUUGGUGAUGUGUCUUUUGGAAUCUCGCUUAGUCAGGAUACCAGCUGGAGCCUUAUUUGCCAGGCUGGUGAAUGCUUUGACAGCUUGCGUUCAAAUACAUGCACUACCGUCUGCUCAGCGCAUAUGGGCGAUGAGAGUCCUGCACAGGGUGCUGGUGCCACUGCCGCUUCAUCUGCAGGCCCUGCACAAGGCGCAGGAGUCUCAAUCGACUCAGCAGGGCGGCAGACCUCCGCCGCCGCCUCCGCAGGAUCCUCUGCCGCCUUUGAUGAGGGUGCUUCCUGAACUAUUGAGGAGACAAUUUGAGUACGAGGAGCCCUUGGUCAGAGGAGGAGUGCAUUUGAUGCAUUCGGAAUUCUUCCAGGUUCUUAUUGGUUUGGCUUGUGGCAUAGAGCUCGAUAAAGUCCUGAUCGAUAAUGGUUACAAAUGGACUUGGUUCAGAAGAUAUUGCUCGGCUGCCAGAGUUGCUAAUUCACUCAUACACAGAACACCAUUACCUGCAGCCUUUUGCAUGGACGUAAGACACAGUCUGGCAUCGAUGUAUCCCUCAAUGGAAUUUGCAGACGAGGACACUCUUUUGUCUCACGAAGAUCAUAAGUUGUUCAAGCCUCAGCAUGAUGAACAACUGUUACAAUGGCUGAAUAGGCGACCUGACGAUUGGACGUUGUCUUGGAGCGGUGCUGGUACAAUUUACGGCUGGGGUCAUAAUCAAAGGGGUCAAUUGGGAGGAGUUGAAGGAGCCAAGGUUUUAACACCAGCAACUUGCGAAGCCUUAUCCAGUUUACGUCCAGUCCAACUUGUUGGAGGCGAGCAAUCUCUAAUCGCAGUUACUGCUGAUGGAAAAGUUUAUGCAACAGGCUAUGGGGCUGGUGGUCGUCUAGGCAUCGGUUCCUCGGAUUCAGUAUCAGUGCCAACUCUUUUGGAAUCCAUUCAGCAUGUUUUCAUUAAAAAAGUGGCAGUCAACUCUGGUGGUAAACAUUGCCUGGCUUUGACAUCCGAAGGUGAAGUUUAUUCGUGGGGCGAAGGAGAGGAUGGAAAACUUGGACACGGGAACAGAAAUGGGUAUGAUCGUCCCAAGCUGAUAGAAUCUUUGGCUGGUAUUCGUAUCAUGGAUAUUGCUUGUGGAGGUGCUCAUUCUGCAGCAAUUACUGCUGCAGGACGUCUCUUGACCUGGGGUAAAGGACGUUAUGGUAGACUUGGCCAUGGUGAUAGUGAAGAUCAGUUCAAACCGAAAAUGGUUGAAGCUUUGGCCGGUUUCAGAGUUACUGAUGUCGCUUGUGGCUCCGGAGAUGCUCAAACUCUUUGCGUUACUGAUGAUGAUAAUGUCUGGUCAUGGGGUGAUGGUGAUUAUGGAAAAUUAGGACGAGGUGGAUCCGAUGGCUGCAAAGUACCACAAAAGAUUGAAAGUCUUGCUGGUUUAGGAGUUAUCAAAGUCGAAUGUGGAUCUCAGUUUUCAGUUGCUUUGACAAGAUCUGGAAGUGUAUAUACAUGGGGAAAAGGUGACUAUCAUCGAUUAGGUCAUGGAAAUGAUGACCACAUUCGAAGACCAAAGAAAAUUCUGGCUUUGCAAUCGACUAAAAUUGUAUCUAUAGCAACAGGUUCUUUACAUUGUGUCGCCUGCAGUGACCAAGGCGAAGUCUUCACAUGGGGUGAUAAUGAUGAAGGACAACUUGGUGAUGGUACGACUUAUGCCAUACAGAAACCUAAAUUGGUACAAGGACUUAAGAAAUCCACAUCUAGUCAAAAGACCUCGAUGGAAAGAUCUGCAGUAAUUAUUAAAUCAAAUAUAAAACAUCACAAAAGUGAAUAUAUAGUUCCAAAAAGACUUCCUAAAGGCUACGUCUGA